AAGGAAGGCUUCCAAGUUGUUGGCUAUUGCCGAAAAUCGCAAACAAGAGAAGACGAAAGCAACCGACCGCGACUUCUGCAGAUUAUGAUAGAUCGUCUGAAAGAGUGAUCCUUGUGCGACUGCAUUUUCAUGUCCCCACGUUCGCCAGCGAAACAAGCAAUCGAAGCCAGAGAUCGGCGAUGCCGCUUUCCAGUUGACAAGUUGCGAUACGUGUCUGGAAUCGCCCAGGGGUUACUGGAAUUUUUAAGGAAGACGAAGAAAGUGUGUCUCGUUGCCUUCGACUUCGUUGGUCUCACGACCAACCCAGAAGAUUUGAAACCUUUUCUCAGGUAUGCACCAACGAUGUGAGCACACAAAUAUGGUUAUGUGACAUAUUUCCAAUUUUCUCAUAGAGAGCAUCCCAAUCUAUAAUAAUAUGCCGUGAAAUUGUAGCUUUGCGACGUGGUGGCACAUAAAUGGAAUAAAGGCCAAGCCUCGAAAGGGGCAGCACACUUCUUCUACUAGGGGAAGGGGGGGGGGUUAGCUGGCGAGCAGUCAUACCGAAGCCGCACGAUCCGGCAAUGGGCUAACGAACUUGCCAUGACUGGUAAUGUCUCCUACUCUAUGCAAGGCAAACAUUCGAGACCUGUUUCAAAUUUGAACCAUGGAGCGAAUUUUUCUUUUUCUCACGUAGUUAGCUUUUUUUGUUGUUAUUCGA